GGGAUGCUAAUAGCAAAUUGCGUGGGUUUAUCGAAUUAAGCAUCCCGUAAAAAAGCAUAUACCCUAGUUUACUUUCUUUCUUCAAAUCGCGCGCGCUCCUCCCUUCUUCGCCGGGAACCUCCGCAGCGGCGAACUUCGUCAUCGGAGUUUCAUUUCCUCUCCCCUUCUUCCUCCUGAAACUCUACUGGGAUAAUUUUCAUUAAACCCUAAAAUUCACAAAUAAUUUUCUAAACCCUAAUUCUUCUGUCGAGUUUGCAGAGUCGUUACAGCAAUGUACGGCGGUGAUGAAGUGUCAGCUAUAGUUAUUGACUUGGGUUCACAUACCUGUAAAGCUGGUUAUGCCGGUGAAGAUGCUCCCAAAGCUGUGUUUCCUUCUGUUGUUGGAGCGAUUGAUCAAAUGGAUGUUGAUGAAUCAGAUGAUGCUGAAAAGAACUCUGGCUCUGGGGAAUCAAAGAACAAUAAUAGAAAUGCUGAUGGUGAUAAAGCUAAGGGAAAGCGAAAAUUGUACGUAGGAUCUCAGUCCUUGGGAUAUCGUAGAGAUUUUAUGGAGGUGUUGUCUCCAUUAAAAGAUGGAAUUGUUGCUGACUGGGAUAUUGUUGACAGCAUAUGGGAACAUGCCUUCAGUAGGGAGUGCCUAUUGAUUGACCCUAAAGAGCAUCCAAUGCUCCUUGCAGAGCCUUCUUCUAAUGCUCAACAACAGAGAGAAAGGGCAGCAGAGCUUAUGUUUGAGAAAUACAAAGCACCUGCAUUAUUUUUGGCAAAAAAUGCUGUUCUGACUUCUUUUGCAUCAGGGCGUGCUACGUCAUUAGUUGUUGAUAGUGGUGGAGGAUCAACUACAGUUGCACCGGUACAUGAUGGUUAUGUUCUUCAAAAGGCUGUGGCAACAUCUCCAAUUGGAGGAGAAUUUCUUACAGACUGCUUGAUGAAAAGCUUGGAAAGCAAGGGUAUUGUGAUGAAACCUCGGUAUUCCUUUAGGAGAAAGGAAAUACGCCCGGGAGAGUUUCAGACUGUAGAUUUGGAUUUUCCAAAUACAACUGAAAGCUACAAACUCUACUCCCAGAGGGUGAUUGCUAGUGAUGUCAAGGAAUGCGUGUGUCGUGCUCCAGAUACUCCAUAUGAUGAGAGUGCAUAUUCAAACAUCCCAAUGACCCCAUAUGAGCUACCUGAUGGCCAGACAAUUGAAAUUGGAUCUGACAGAUUUAAGAUUCCAGAUGUUCUUUUCAAUCCAUCCCUGGCUCAGACAAUUCCUGGCAUGGAGAGCUUUGCAGAAAUAGCUCCAUCAGUCCGUGGGCUGCCUCAAAUGGUUAUCGAAAGCAUUAAUAAGUGCGACGUAGACAUUCGAAGAGAAUUAUUUAGCAGCAUAUUGCUUGCUGGUGGCACAGCUUCAAUGCAACAACUGAAGGAACGCCUGGAGAAAGAUUUGCUAGAGGAAUCCCCUCAGGCUGCUAGAGUAAAAGUAUUGGCCAGUGGAAAUGCUACUGAAAGGAGGUUUAGUGUCUGGAUAGGAGGCAGUAUAUUGGCUUCUCUUGGUUCCUUUCAACAAAUGUGGUUCUCUAGAUCCGAGUAUGAAGAGCAUGGAGCUUCAUAUAUCCAAAGAAAGUGUCCUUGAGUUAUGAUUGGUAUGAGCAUCCUGCCACUGAUCAAUGUUGGUGUUCAGGAAGUUUUCUCAUGAACCUUGAAGUAGGGCUUGAAAACCAAUGGAUUUAUCUUUUGUUGUUAAUGGCUGGCUAUUCAUUCACAUUGGAGAUCUCAGUCUAACUACAUUAUUGACCUCAAGAUGGAUAACAAUCCAAAUAUUAUUAUUGUUAUCUAUACUGAUGUGAAGUGUGCUUAGGGUCUAAUGGUGUCCUAUUUAACAAACUGGGUUUUCCUUCUGUGUAAUUUAACUUGGCAUGAGAAUUGCCAUUUAGAUUAUAAAUAUUAAGUAGUUUUAUUUGAUAAAUAGUUUUGAGUGUCGCCCAUUGGGUGAUGGACUCUUUAUUUCUUA